AUGAAAGCUCUUAUUCUUGUUGGUGGUUAUGGAACACGUUUACGUCCAUUAACACUUACAAAACCGAAACCUUUGAUUGAAUUUUGUAAUAAACCUAUGGUAUUACAUCAAAUUGAAGCUUUAGCACAAGUUGGUGUUACACAUGUGAUUUUAGCUGUUAGUUAUUUAUCAGAUAUGCUUCAACGAGAAAUGGAAGUAGAAGCUAAACGAUUAAAUAUAAAGAUAACACUUUCUCAAGAAACAGAACCAUUAGGAACAGCUGGUCCAUUGGCAUUAGCACGUAAUCUACUUCAAGGAGAUAUUGAUCCAUUUUUUGUACUUAAUUCUGAUGUUAUUUGUGAUUUUCCAUUUGAAGAUAUGAUUAAAUUUCAUAAAGAUCAUCAAUGUGAAGGAACUAUUUGUGUAACUAAAGUUGAAGAACCAUCAAAAUAUGGUGUUGUUGUCUAUGAACAAGAUACUGGUAAAAUCGAACGAUUUGUUGAAAAACCACGUGAAUAUGUUUCGAAUAAAAUUAAUGCUGGUUUAUAUAUAUUCAAUUCAACUAUACUUGAUCGAAUUGAAUUACGACCUACAUCAAUUGAAAAAGAAAUUUUUCCAGCUAUGGCUACAGAUAAACAAUUAUAUGCAUAUGAACUGAAAGGUUUUUGGAUGGAUGUUGGUCAACCAAAAGAUUAUUUAACUGGUAUGAGUUUAUAUUUGAAUUUUGUUCGAAAUUCAAAUCCAGAACGAUUAUCACGUGAAAAUGGAACUGUCGGCAAUGUUUUAUUGGAUCCCACAGCAAAAAUUGGUGAACGAUGUCGAAUAGGACCAAAUGUUGUCAUUGGACCUCGAGUAACUAUUGAAAAUGGUGUUUGUUUGAAAAGUUGUACAGUACUCGCAGAUUCAUUAAUUAAAAGUCAUUCAUGGCUUUCGAAUUGUAUUAUUGGUUGGCGAUGUACGAUUGGAAAAUGGGUUCGUAUGGAAAAUACAACUGUACUUGGACUUGAUGUAUCUGUACAAGAUGAAUUAUUUAUUAAUGGUGGUGUUAUAUUACCACAUAAAGCAAUUAGUGAAAGUGUUUCAGAACCAAAAAUUCUUAUUUAA